AUGGGUUCGCACGCUUUCGCCGUUACGGGCAUGCUUAUCCUUGGUACAGCUACAUCAGUCUGUAUGAAGAUUAUGCUCGGUCUCGAUGCUCCAGGUUAUAUGGGCAUCGUUCACAACUUUGAUAAACCAUUCAUGCAAUCCAUUCAAAUGUUCUUCGGUAUGGCAUUCGCCGUAUUUAUCAAUAAAUGCUGGGAUCCAGAAAAUAAGGGCCCACGUCCGAAAUCUUCAAUUCGCCAGAAAGUUAUGGCAUCUGUUCCUUCCGCUUUCGACUUAUUCGCUUCUACAUUAAUGACAUUCGGUCUUAUCUACAUUAACGUUUCUGUUUUCCAAAUGUUACGUGGUUCCAUGGUUAUCUUCUCUGCUAUCCUCUCUAUCAUCUUCCUUAAGCGCCACAUCCACGGCUACGAGUGGUUUGCCAUCACAACAACAAUCAUUGCCUUAGUUAUGAUUGGCGUUGCUGGCGUUUUCAUCCCAUCCUCCGAAUCCUCCUCUGCUCCACCAGUUUCCGCUGGCCAGAAGGUUCUUGGUUGCUUCCUUGUCAUCCUCUCACAGUUAGUUCAGGCCGGACAGAUUGUUACAGAAGAAUUCAUCCUCCGCGACAUUAACAUGCCAGCUCUCGAGAUUGUCGGCUGGGAAGGCAUCUGGGGCCUUCUUAUGAUGGUUGUCAUCGCCUGCCCAUUCGCCUACAUCUGCCCAGGCCAAGAUCCAUCACCACUCGGCAAAUCCCUUGAAAACAUCUUCGAUUCAUUCCAACAGUUAUUCAACUCUGGAUCUAUCGCUCUUGUUUCCCUCAUUUUCGUCAUCGCCGUUAUGCUUUACAACAUUUUCGGUAUGCUCGUCACAUCUGGCUCUUCCGCCAUCUUCCGUACAAUCCUUGAGGCUGCCCGUACACUCCUUAUCUGGAUCUUCAUGCUCAUCGCCUACAAGGCUAACUGGGGAUUCGGCGAAGUCUGGUGCAACUGGUCUUGGCUCGAGCUUGCUGGCUUCGCUAUCCUCAUCGUAUCUACCCUCAUGUACAACGCAAUCAUCAAGUUACCAUUCUUCACUUACCCAUCCAAGGAACAACCACUCCUUGCUGACAAGAAGAACGAGGCAUAA